GGAUUAUACAACUAAUUAUAAUAAAUACUAAUGAUUUUAAUGACUCAGCUAAUAAUUACAUUUAAUAUUGGUGAUUCUAGUGACUCACGCCAACAUCUUCCUCUUAUUAUUUUCUUACCAUCGCAUUCACAUUCAAUUUCAUCUUAACAAUUUUCAACACCGUCUAAAACAUCAUCAAUCAACAGACACAAAUGAAUACAUCACAACAUAAUCAUAUUUACAACCCUUAAUAAUUCCACAUAAAAAUCUUAUUAUACUAUUACUAUAUUGUGGUCUAUAUAACUUGGAAAAAAGAACAUGUGGCUAGAAACACAAACAUUUUUCCUAAACAAGUAACAACAUUAAUCGUUUUGCAGCAGAAGCAUUGAAGAAUAAAGAUGGCAAAAAACAUGUGCAACAGUGAAGGACACUUAGAUGACACAAAUUUCAGCAAGCCAAUGCCAUGGAUAGGAGUCUACAUAGCAACAGCAUCACUUUUAUCUCUUAUUUCAAUGUCUGCAGAUCUCAUUAAAGGCAUCAAAACCCGAAAACUAUGGUUCCCUUGCAAAUACUUUUGUCUCAAUGCAACUUCCUUAACCAUAAUCGCUGUUUCCGUCAAACUCUCCGUUGAUCUCAACACUCCUAUGCCUCACCGUCAUGAUCAGCUAGCAAAGCUAGCUAGCAGUGCUAUCAUUUGCACUAUCAUGGCUAAUUCUAUGCCUUCUCUUGGUGUGACGCAGAACAGUGAAACCAUGAUGAAUGUUUUGGCUAUGGCUAUUUUAGUGAUUACUAUGAUUGUUAAUAUUUGUAUUCAAUUUGGAACUGGGGUUAUCUAUGAGUUUUGGAUUGAACACGGUGUUAUUAUGUUUCUUAUGGUUAUUUUGUUGAUGAUCAUGACUUCUUCUGUUUUGUGUUUACAAAAGAUAAAACAUUACAUGGAAUUGAAGUAUAAGAUCAAUGAAGAAGCUUUGAGAGAAGAAUCAAACUCAAAGGAAAAACAACAAGAGUUUGAGAAGGUUACUGAUAGGCUAAGAGAUGAAUUGAUGAAAUUUUGGAUGAUGGCUCAUACAAGCAGUCCUCAAUUUAUACUUGGAAGGUCAGUUUCAUGUACUGCUUCUGGUGCUUUUUGUAUUUUGAGUACUUUGACGUUAAUAGAAGCGAUGCUUCGAUCUUAUUUGAUGUCUUGGACGGUUAAAUUUUGCACUGGUGAAUGUGAUUACAAAUGGUCUACAAUCUUUAUUCUUAUAGUUCAAGUAGCUGCUGUUGGUGUUGGGACUAUUGCUCCUGCUUUGAGAUGGUUUGUUGCUGUUAGAUAUAGGUGUCCAAAUGUGAGGAAAAGGAGCUGUAAGAGAAUUUUUCAAGUGGAAGGGUAUUGGACUGAUAGGCUAGUGGUGAUUCGAGAAAGUCCUAUAAGUUUUCGGAUCCGUAAUCGGUGGUUUCGGAAGUUGGCUCAUGAUGCCAAACAGAUGCUGUUGUGUUUGUGUAUUAAACUACAGAUAGGGAUGGUUAUAUUGUGUAAAGCUGUACAAUAUAUUUCAAUUUACCCUAUGUGUUGGAUCUUGGGAUUUUGUGAGUUUUGCAGGACUUGGAAAUUUGGUUCUAGCGCUUCGAGUUUAGGAUCAAGCACAAAGCAAGAUCUACGACGGUAUAUUCUGCAUCUCGAAGGCGAGGAAGAGUUGGUUGAGGUGAUGAUAAAAGACAAUUGGGAUGCAACUAUCCAUUGGGUUCAACAAGGUGAAAAAAAGCAGCCAAAACUUUUUAUUGAGUUAUUGGAGAAAAAAUGUUCAAUCCUGCAAGGAUUUAAAGGAGUUGGAGAAUUUGAUUGUGACCGAAUUCCUCCUUUGCAUGGUGUAGAACCUCCAUAUAAUUGGUCACUCCCCAUUGUGACACUAGCAAGCAUUAUAGUUGCACUUCCAAAUAUUGAGAAGUGUUUGCUGAAAAAAUUGAUUAGUACUCUAAAUGAAGCACUGCCUUAUGUGAAGUUCAUCGAAAAUAACAUUGACAAAGACGGGAAAUUAAUUAAAGCUCGGAAAGCAGCAGAAAUUGUGUGGCUUGGAGCUGAUCUCUAUGGAAAGUGGCUAGAUGUGGAUCUUUAUAAACUCUCUCUUCAAAACAAGAGCAUCGAAGAGACACUCGAGACCUUAGCUGAGAUUGCAAAAACAAGAUAUGAGAAAUAUAAAGCAAAAUACCAUCAUGUGUGUAUUAAGGUCAGUCCUUCAGCAUGGCCUAUAAAAGUAUUGGCUUCAAAUGCAAUGUAUAGAAUAAGCAAAACCAUUCUUCUGUUGAAUCAAGAUGUCAUAAAAGGCCACCAUACUACUAGUGAGAUGCUUUUUGAAGCAGUAACAGUGAUAAUUGCUGAUAUAUUGGGUGCAUGUUUAACUAACUUACCUUAUGUUAUAUCUGUUAAGUGUUUGAAUACUGGCAUUGAAGAGAGAGAGGAUAGUGUUAGACAAGCAGUUUAUGUUCUUGGUAAAACAAAGAAGAUUAUAGAAAUGCUUGAAAAUAGAGCAUUUCCUAGGGUGGAUUUCUGCCGUGGGACUAAUAUUGAAGAUUGGUGUUUAAUGCAUAAGCAGAAGAGGUUCUGUUGUUCCUCUGUACUAUCUUCACUGGAGGAGAACACAGCUCCUACUAAAUUAAGGGAUCUUUGCCUAAAUAUUGACUAAAAGCUAGAGGUACUUGUAAUUUUACAAUUUUGUACACAGAUUGUUGAAAAAUCUUAUAGUUUUUGCUUGAUGUAUGUAUAUAUGAAGUUUAUAGAUUUAUAAAGUUAAUAUUAGGCAAGAUCCACAAUUCCACGCCAAUAUGUCAACCUGUGUAAGAAUUUGUGAGUAACCAAAAGAUUAGAAAAUGUGAAACACCAUUUUAUAGUGUGCUGAAUACAUUCAUGCCAUGCCUUAAA